AUGGAUUUUGGCGUGCAAGCCUGGUUUCGUGUGUCUUGCGUAGCAGUGCACUCUAAGAGUAUCUGCUUCACGAUCCCACUUCAGUUUCGAAUCAAGUGUCAUCCCAAGAAAAACUAUACUGUCAACUUUAUGAAUUCUGGUGCUGUUCAGAGAGAGUACCAUAUUGUCAGUGGUGCGUCCAGAUUUGCUAAAUAUAAGGUAUUCGGUAACUUAUCGCUGGAGAAACGAAAGCCUGUUGUAGCUGCCCAUCGCUCCAUUUUAUUGAUUGAUUGUUGUAUGAUGCUUUAUCCUGUGGGUAGGUUAUUCGUUGGGGAAUACCAACAACUGCAGAGGAAUGUGAAGCGAAAGAAGAGCUCAUAUGAAGGGGAUAUGGGAUAUAACCCUCUUCAUAUAAUUUGCUUAAAAAAGAAUGACGGGAGACCCAUGCCUGUUAUAGUUGUGGUACCGCCGAAGGUAGCAAAGCAGAGAGCUACUUCUCUAAAUUCGAACACAACUUAUGCUGCUGCUGCCCCUUCCAGCAACACUAAUUCGGACACUUCACAGUGCCCCAAAAUUCAUCCUAAUUUAGCUAAGGACAGUGUUGGGCUUGGAGGGAGAUCAAAGGAGACAAUUAAUAGAAAGUGGGACGAAUUAGCGAUAUGUCUGAAUACUCAUGGAUCUGGAGCUACAACAAAUGGACAAUGCUGGAGAAGGGCAGCUGCUGAAAUACUGAAGCACCUGCUAAAACGGUGA